ACAAUGAAGCUACUCCUUCUCCUCGGAACCGUUAUCAGCCUGGGUUGGGCUGCUGAGGGUGAAUAUUCCUACGCCGACCAGGCAGCUUGGGGCGGUGUUUGCACCACUGGAGAUCGCCAGUCCCCCAUAGAUGUUAACAGCGUCAAGAAUACAGUCUCCUACAGCUCCAACAUUGCAAGUUUCGGCGGGGGUCAGGCGGUGACGAAGAGAACAGAAGGAUUGAAGACAGUGCAGUUUGAUCUUACAGACACCCCUACAAUCUCGAUGCCGGAUACCUGGCCAGUAGGACACACUAAGGGCCUGCAGGCUCUCCAGCUUCACUUUCACUGGGGACCGUCAGGAGCAGGUGGCUCGGAACACAAGCUGUUUGGUAAGCACUACAAGGGGGAGGCUCAUCUUGUUACCAGGAAUUUGGAUCAGGAGGACGAGGAAGCAGACGAUUACCUAGCAGUGUUCGGGGUCUUCCUCCAAACCGGGAGUCUUAUGGCUGCUGAUGACAUCAGCAUUAAUAUAGCGUCACUCAUCAAUGGAGGAACAACAAACAUUGACCUGAACAACCUGUACAAACCACAAACGAAUAGCAUAUUCACCUACCGAGGAGGACUGACCACCCCUGGGUGUAACGAGAUAGUGUUCUGGCAGGUCCUGGAAGAACCCAUCACCCUCUCCGAGGACCACAUGGACGUUCUCAGAGGAGCGGUGGCGUACGAGGAGAAUUUCAGGGAGAUCCAGGGCCUGAACGGACGAGACAUUACACACCGGCUACUUGACCAGCUGUAUGAUAGUGGCAGCUCCAGGUCGGAGAUGUCUUUAGUUGUCCUUGUGUUUGUUACGCUCUUUUGUGUCAUGUAAACAUUGAACAUUUGGGGAUUUCUUGAUUUUUUACUUUAGCUCUUACAUUCAUUUUUGAUAGAAUGAUAUGAUUUGUCUUAGUAUGUAGCCAUGAGAAGAUUUUAGUGAAUUUGAUAUUAGUUAAUUGUGUUCCUGUGCGAAAUGGUAUCUAUUUAAUUUCAAUUCAUCGAA